ACCAGCAGAAAAAUCCUUUGAGGGGUGGGUUGGUCAGUUCAGUUAACCAGGAACUUUUUGAGUCACCAACGAGAAUCGAGAGUCAUAAAUAUUACUCAAUCCUCUCUUCAUCGUCGCACUUCACCAUAAUCUCAUAGCGGAGAAGGUAUUGUUGAUACUGUCUCCAACCAUAUGAGCUUCACCUUUUCUAUCCUUCGCAAGAAUUCACUCCACUGUCUGAAAUUGAUCUCCACUUCAGUCCAAAAUACCCCUCGAUUUAAACCCCACAGCUUCAAUUCUUUUCGCACAUUUUCAACCACAAUUUACAAGAUGGCUACGACAACUUCAUCCUCAGACUUCAUUUCGGAGAAACUCAAGUCUUUGAGUGUGUCGGACUUACCCAAAUUCCCUAAUUGUCACCCUGAUGUCAACAUCAACGAUAUCUACAGAGCUCACAUUACUUCUCACUUAGCUGAGAUUACUGGUGUAGAUUCCGUCAUUAUUUACCCUGCGUUAGCAUGGACAAACACUUUGGACAAAGGUGACUUGGUGUUGCCUGUGCCAGCUUUGCGAGUCAAGGGCAAAAAACCCAACGAGCUCGCAGAAGAAUGGGCGGCAAAGUUUCCUGAAUCACCUCUCGUUCAUAAGCCUACCACCAAUGGUGUCUAUCUCCAAUUCUUCUUCAAAGCCGACAGACUUAACGAGCUUCUCAUUCCUACCAUCAUCCAACAAAAGAUAAACUUUGGUCAAAACAAAUAUCUCGGUCUCGUCGAUCCUGAAGAUCCAUCAAAAGGACAAAAGAAAAUAGUCAUUGAAUUCUCAUCCCCAAAUAUCGCAAAACCUUUCCAUGCUGGUCAUCUUCGAAGUACAAUUAUUGGAGGUUUCUUGUCGAAUCUUUACGCGGCAGUUGGAUGGGAUGUGACUCGUGUCAACUAUCUUGGAGAUUGGGGCAAACAAUAUGGAUUAUUGGCUUUGGGAUUUGACAAAUAUGGAGAUGAAGAAGCUUUAAAGGCAGAUCCUAUCAAUCAUCUCUUCCAAAUUUACGUCAAGAUCAAUACAGAUGUGAAGGCUGAGGCUGAUAAGAUGGCAGCAUUAGAGGCAGAAGGAAAGACAGAUGAAGCAUUGCAUAUCAAGAAUGAAGGUUUGGAUGAACAAGCUCGUCGAUACUUCAAAGCAAUGACGGAGAACGAUGAAAAAGCAAUUGCGCAAUGGGCUAGAUUCCGUGAGCUUAGUAUCAAGAGAUACAGGGAGACUUAUGCACGAUUGAACAUUCAUUUUGAUGAUUAUUCUGGAGAAUCUCAAGUCAAAGCAGAAGUAAUGGAGGAGACUGGAAAGAAAAUGGAGGAAAUGAAAAUUGCCGAAGAGUCGCAAGGUGCUAUGAUUGUCGAUUUCACCAAGCACGUGGCCGGAAAGGUUGGCAAAGGUCUUGGAAAAGCAAUCGUUAAGAGAAGGGAUGGCACAGCACUUUAUCUUACUAGAGAUAUUAGCGAAUUGUUACAACGAAAAGAAAAGUAUGACUUUGAUCAAAUGAUCUACGUUGUCGCAACUGAUCAAGAGCUACACUUACAACAAUUGUUCAAGAUUAUUGAACUUUUGGGCUACAAGGAACUCCGAGAUAAGUGUCAACACAUCAACUUCGGAUUGGUUCAUGGCAUGAGUACUCGUCGUGGUACUGUCAAAUUCUUGGAUGAUAUCUUGAGAGAUGUUGCCGAAAAGAUGCACGAGGUUAUGCAAAAGAACGAGGCCAAAUAUGAGCAGAUUGCCGAUCCAGUCGCUACAUCUGAUAUCCUUGGUAUCAGCUCUGUCAUGGUACAGGACAUGAGUGGUAAACGUGUCAACGGAUACACUUUCAACAUGGAAACCAUGACAUCUUUCGAAGGAGAUACAGGUCCAUACCUUCAAUAUGCCCAUGCUCGUCUUUGUUCCAUCACCCGUAAAGCAGCUCUUACACCCGGAGAAAUUGCCUCCGCAGACCUUUCACUCCUUACUGAAGUCCACGCUCAAAACCUCAUCAGAACACUCUCCCAAUACCCAGAUGUUGUUCAGAACACUGUCAAGACUCUAGAACCAACGACCAUUCUUACAUAUCUCUUCAAGAUGACUCACGUUCUUAGUAGUAGUUAUGAUCAUCUUAGAAUUAUGGGUAGCGAGAGGGAAGUCAUGAAGGCUAGAAUGGCUCUUUAUGAUGCGGCUAGAGUGGUACUUUACAAUGGUAUGCGCAUUUUGGGGUUGAGUCCUGUGGAAAGAAUGUAGGUGGAGAUUGAGGCAUUUGUAAAGAAGUUUUACGGAAAAAAGAAGAAUCAAGGAGCCACGAGCUUAGAUGAGUGUUUCAUGAGUUGAGAGGGGAAAAUCUUAACAGGAGAGAUGAAUGAUGAUUUCCAGACCAAGUUCUGUUGAUGUUGAACCAGAAAGAAUAUUGCUUGGUUAAAUUUGAGGGAGCAAAAACCGGACAUCUGCAUUGUCCAAUGCAAAGACAAUUGAAAAGAUAGAUAAAUCAAUAUCAUGGUAUAAGCAAAU